AUGUCUGGAUCACUGAUUCCGGGAUCGAAUCCAGAUCGGAUUCAAUCGCCGACGAUCUCGAAAUCGGUGACGCAGACGGUGAACGGUUCGCAUCAAUUCGUGAUACAAGGUUACAGCUUAGCCAAGGGGAUGGGUGUUGGGAAGCACAUAGCGAGUGAGAACUUCUCCGUCGGAGGCUACCAGUGGGGGAUCUUCUUCUACCCUGACGGUAAGAAUCCGGAGGAUAACUCGUCGUACGUCUCCGUCUUCAUCGCAUUGGCCAGCGAAGGCACCGAAGUCAGGGCGCUUUUCGAGCUCGCUCUUGUUGACCAGAGCGGCAAGGGAAACCACAAGGUUCAUAGCCAUUUCGAACGGUCACUUGACAGUGGGCCUUACACCCUCAAAUACCGUGGAAGCAUGUGGGGAUACAAGCGUUUCUUCAGAAGAAACUUGCUUGAGUCAUCUGACUUCCUCAAAGACGAUUGCUUGAAAAUCAAUUGCACGGUUGGAGUUGUGGUUUCAGAAAUACACUGCCCGCGGUUACACUCUGUUCCCGUCCCUGAUUCAGAACUUGGAUCACAUUUCGGAGUUUUACUGGAUAGCAUGGAAGGUUCUGAUGUCACUUUUGACAUUGCUGGCGAGAAAUUUCCGGCUCAUAAACUAGUACUGGCUGCUCGAUCUCCGUUUUUCAAGUCGAAACUUUUCAAUGAGCUUGAAGCAGAGAAUACAGAGGUCACGAUCAACGAUGUGGAACCUAAGGUUUUCAAGGCUUUGCUACAAUUCAUGUAUAAAGACUGUCUUCCGGAAGCUGUGGAGCCUGUGACAACACAUACAUUUGACCUCUUGAAGCUGCCUGAAAUAUACGAGACAUUGAUUGUAAAGCUUUUAGCAGCAGCCGACAAGUACGAGCUGAAUAGGCUCAGGCUGUUGUGUGAAUCUCACAUAUGCAAAGGCGUAGCAGUCAAAUCCGUUGCCAAGAUCUUAGCUUUGGCCGAUAAAUAUAAUGCUAAGGAACUAAAAAGCGUUUGCCUUAAAUUUACUGCCGAGAACCUAGCAGCUGUGCUGGAGACAGAUGGGUACCAACAGCUGAAGGAUGAAUGUCUGACACUCCAGUCGGAGCUUCUGAAGGCGGUGGCUGGUUACGAGGAAGGCAGCAGCAACAGUACCGGAGGAGCCAAGUCGCAGAGUGUGUGGGGCCAACUUUCUGAUGGCGGUGGAGAUACAACCAGCAGACAUGUUCGACAAAGAACCACCUAG